AUGGUUUCGUUGACAGACCUCACGAUUGCAGCCGAAGCCCAUAAACAGUGCGAAGUGCAAGAGGUUUACGAGUGUAGUCAAAUGAAUGUCAAAAUCAAAGAAAGACUUUGUCAAGUGUGUGGCGAUAGUAAACAGAUAGCAAUUACAAUGUGUUUCAAACGGCAAAUGCGAGAUCAAUGUACAGACGAGACGAUUGUGUCCGAAGUGUAGACUUAAAAAAUGCUUUGACAUCGGAAUGAGAAUUGAUUUCAUACGAAGUGAAACGGAAAACAAAAUUCGCAGACAAUUGAUGAUUGAAAAGAAAAUGAAAAAACUAUUGCAAGACAUGAGCGCAUAUUCUGGCGAUUCUUCGGAC